AUGGAGGAGGAAGGCCACCCAGGCAAUGGUGUCCAGACUAUCAAAGAUUCGGACCGCCAGCUCCGCUUAAGACUUUGCGUUUUAAAUGAGAUUUUGAAUACCGAGAGGGAUUACGUGAAGACUUUGAUUUUCCUGCAGUCGGCGUUUUUGCACAGAAUCCAGCAAACUGCAGAAGACCAGCAGUGCCUUUCUCCAGAAAAUGUCAAGGUCCUGUUCUCCAACAUAGAGGCCAUCCUGGAAGUUCAUAAAGAGGUCCUGGCAGCCCUGGAGUCGAGCCUGCAGCCUGAGCCUCAGCCCCAGCAUGCCCUCGGACACGUUUUCCUUCAGUUUAAAGGCAGAUUCUCUGUGUAUGGAGAGUACUGCAGUAACCAUGAGAAAGCACUUAGACUUCUAAUGGAAUUGAACAAGGACCCACAUGUCAGAACCUUCCUACUGCACUGCAUGCUACUGGGUGGGAAGAAGACGACAGACAUUCCUCUGGAGGGGUACUUAUUAACGCCCAUUCAGAGGAUAUGCAAAUAUCCACUCUUGUUGAAGGAGUUGCUGAAGAGGACUCCGAAGAAGCACGCAGACUACCCUGCUGUGGAGGUGGCUCUCCAGGCCAUGAAGGCCGUCUGCUCUAACAUCAACGAGACCAAGAGGCAGAUGGAGAAGCUGGAGGCCUUGGAACAGCUCCAGUCCCACAUCGAGGGGUGGGAGGGAACCAAUCUAACUGACAUCUGCACAGAGCUGCUCCUUCAUGGGAAUUUGCUGAAGAUAUCCGCUGGAAAUAUUCAGGAGAGAGUCUUCUUUCUGUUCGAUAACCUGUUGGUGUACUGCAAGCGGAAAUCACGGGUUGCAGGGAAGAAAUCUACCAAGAGAACCAAGUCCAUCAACGGCCCCCUGUACAUAUUCAGGGGCAGAAUCAACACAGAGGUCAUGGAGGUUGAAAAUGUGGAAGAUGGAACAGCCGACUAUCAUAGCAACAACUACACCGUGACCAACGGCUGGAAAAUCCACAACACGGCCAAGAACAAGUGGUUUGUGUGCAUGGCGAAGAACACCGAGGACAAGCAGAGGUGGCUGGACGCCAUUCUGAAGGAACGAGAGCAGAGAGAGAGUCUGAAGCUGGGGAUGGAGCGGGACGCGUACGUGAUGAUCGCGGAGAAAGGAGAGAAGCUCUACCACAUGAUGAUUAGCAAGAGCCGCCACCUCAUUAAGGACCGACGCAGGAAGCUGAGCAUCGUGCCCAAGUGCUUCCUGGGAAACGAGUUUGUGUCCUGGCUUAUCGAGAGCGGCGAGAUCAGCAAGCCGGAGGAAGGGGUGAACUUAGGACAGGCGCUCCUGGAGAACGGCAUCAUCCACCACGUGUCUGACAAGCACCAGUUCAAGAAUGAACAGGUCCUCUAUCGGUUCCGUUAUGAUGAUGGAACCUACAAAGCUAGAAGUGAGAUGGAGGACAUUAUGUCUAAGGGAGUGAGGCUCUACUGUCGUCUCCACUGCCUCUUCACUCCCGUUGUCAAGGAUAGAGACUACCAUUUGAAAACAUUCAAGUCUGUGAUUCCAGCAAGUAAACUGGUGGACUGGCUAAUAUCUCAGGGGGACUGUUCCACGCGCGAGGACGCCGUGACGCUGGGAGUGGAGCUAUGCAACAACGCGUUCAUGCACCACGUGCUGGAGAAGAGCGAAUUCAAAGACGAGUCGCAGUUCUUCCGUUUCUACGCCGACGAAGAAAUGGAGGGAACGAGUUCCAAGAGCAAGCAGCUGCGAAACGACUUCAAGCUCAUCGAAAACAUUGUGGCCAAAACCCUGCUGAUACACCCCCAUGAAGAAGACUAUGGCUUUGAGAUUGAGGAGAAGAACAAAGCCAUCAUGGUGAAGUCGGUCUGUCGGGGAUCUCAUGCAGAGAUGGCUGGACUCCACGCAGGCAGAAAGAUCUACACUAUCAACGAGGACCUGGUGUUCCUCAGGCCCCUGUCCGAGGUGGAAGCCAUGAUGAACCAGUCCUUCUGCGUUCAGCGCUCCCUGCAGCUGCUGGUGGCCACAAAGUCCAAGGAGGUUGUGAAGAUACCAGACUGUCUCGGUGCACUUUCCUUUAAAAUCAGAGGCUCCAACCCCCCUUAUGUGCACGCUGUGAGAAAAGGCUCACAGGCCGCGGCUGCAGGCCUCCACCCCGGGCAGUGUAUCCAGAAAGUCAACGGCAACAGCGUCCAUGGCGACAGCGACCUGGCAGUCCUGGGCCAUUUCUCGGCCCACCGUAGCGGUCGGGAACAGCUGGAACUGGGGCUGACGCAGUGGCUCUACAGGACAUUGGAUGAUGCAGAAGAGGAGAAGUCUCUGAGGACCAGCCUGUCAGUGAUGGGCUCGGAUACUGAGGACGGCGAUGUCGUCAACGGAACAGCAAGCGACAUAAGGCAGUUAACCGUCUCCGAUGACGACGCACCGUUGGUCAGUUUGGCUGUGGACAACGUGCACCUGGAGCACGGGGUGUUCUACGAGUACGUGAGCACUGCUGGGAUCAGGAGUCACGUGCUGGAGAAGAUGGUGGAGCCCAAGGGCUGCUUCAGCCUCACGGCUAAGAUUUUAGAGGCUUUUGCUGCUGACGACAGCCACUUUGUGAAGAACUGCAGCCGCCUGAUCUCCCAGAGCGACCGCGUGGUCACCAUGCCGCAGUACGAGUUCAGAAACAUCUGCGACACCAAGUUGGAGAGCGUACGCAGACGUGUCGUCAGCUACCAGCAGUUUGCUCAGGAGCUGCGGAACAAAGCCUGGCCCGUGUUUAAGCAGGCAACCCAUAAGCCCCACCCCCUGGGCUCAAUGGACUUCGUCCCCACCAACUGCCACCUGAACCUGAUGCAGGUGUCCUACCCCAAGAGCACCACCUCCGCCGGCCGCACCUUCAGCAUCCGCUUCGGCCGCAAGAACUCCUUCUUUGGCCUGGACCCAGAGCAGGCGAACCUGAACCCCAUGUCCCACACGCAGCACUGCGUCACCAGCAUGGCUGCCCCGUCCUGGCACUGCCAGGCCCAGGAGGACGGAGACGAGUCCUGGUCGGGGGAGGCCAACGGGAGCCUGCUGGACUCCAGCCUGGAGGGGAGGUCCGUCCAUGAGGAGGGGGGCCUCAGCUUCCUCCUCAAGCAGGAGGACAUGGAGACGCAGGACUCCUACAUCCGCCUCUUCAACCGCUUGGACAUGGCCUUGAAGGAAAUGAAGCAAUAUGUCGCCCAAAUCGAUGCGCUCCUGUCCUCCAUAACUGAGCCUGAAGUCUGUGAGACCGCCCCCACGUCCUCGGAGGAGGUGGACCCGGACAAAGCGGAGCACUGUGGGAUCAAAAGGGUCUGCUUCAAAGUGUCCGAGGAUGAGCAGGAAGACUCCGGCCAUGACACCAUGAGCUACAGAGAUUCGUACAGCGAAUGCAACAGCAACCGUGACUCCGUGCUGUCGUACACAAGCGUCCGCAGUAACAGCUCCUACCUGGGAAGCGAUGAGAUGGGAUCAGGUGACGAGCUGCCCUGUGACAUGAGGAUCUCCCUGGACAAGCAGGACAAGCUGCACGGCUGUCUGGAGCACCUCUUUAACCAGGUCGACUCCAUAAACAGUCUCCUGAAGGGCCCUGCGAUGAUGAAGGCGUCUGAGGAAACCAAGCAUUUUCCAAUGGAGCACAGUCGCCCGGACGUGUGUCACACUGAAGACUGGACCCAACGCUGUCGCUGUCUCAUCCACAAGAACAUCCAGGAGGAUCCCUGGAACCUCCCCAGCUCCAUACAAACCCUGGUGGAGAGCUUGCAGAGAUCCGUAGAGGAUGGCAAGAAUCAGCUGCUCCUGGCUCUGCUGAAGUGUACAGACACAGACCUGCAGCUGCGCCGCGAUGUCAUAUUCUGCCAGAGCCUGGUGGGGGCGCUCUGCACCCUGUCCGAGCAACUGCUGGCCGCCCUCAACUUCCGCUACAACAACAACGGCGAGUACGAGGAGGACAGCAAGGAGGUCAGCCGGAAGUGGCUGGAGCAGAUCUGCGCCAUCGGGGUGCUCUUCAGCUUCCAGUCCAUGCUGUCGCCCCAUGUGCAGGAGGAACGGACAAUGCUAGAAGACACCAAGGCAGCGCUACUGGAUUUGGAAAAAGUCACUGUCCACUUCCGGCAACUGGAAGAUGAAUGCCUGGUCACAAACUCCCCAGUGCACCACCACGUGGAAGGCUGCCGGCAGGCUCUCAGGAUCACCCUGUUCCUGGACAGCUGCCACUUCUGCAGGCUGCCCGGGCGACUGCGGAACGGAGGGUGCCUGAGGCUCCACACCGUGCUCUUCUCCAGAGCACUGGAGAGGCCAGAGGGAUUGGCGGUGCAGGACUGUGUGCCCAUGGAAGAGUUUCAGCAACGCUCCAACGCAGUCUCUCUGGAGAAGGCCAAAGCCUACUACCGCAAGCUCAGGGCAUUUUACCUGGAGAAAUCCAAUUUACCCACAGACUCCAACAGCACAGCUGUUAAAAUAGAUCAGCUCCUACGCCCUCUGAACGCCCUGGACGACCUCUGUCGGCUGAUGCAGUCCUACGUCAACGUCAGGCCCAGCGGGAGCGCCCAUCCGUCGGGGGUCAGCGUCUUGGCAGUGUCCUCUGAGCUGUGCGACCGGCUGGGUGCCUGCCACAUCACCAUGUGCGCCACCGGCAUGCAGAGGUGCACUCUGAGCAUCUCCCUGGAGCAGGCCACCAUCUUGGCUCGCAACCAUGGCCUGCUACCCAGGUGCAUCAUGCAGGCCACCGACAUCAUGCGCAAACAGGGGACACGGGUUGAGAUCUCUGCCAAAAACCUGAAGGUAAUGGAUCAGAUGCCUCCCUCUGCACCAAGGCUCUUCAAGUUGUGUCUGCCACCUUCUGAUGGAGACCUAUAAGGGACAGUGAAAUCGAAAGUUAUUUUAGCCGUUCGAGCUGUUAUUAGUUUCACUAAGAUUCUGACAUUAUAAAAAGUCUCCAAGGAGGGUUAGCAGGUUCUCUCUGGAAUCCAACCUUAAAGAAUCGCCGAGGAGAUCUGCUCCACCUAGCUUUGUGCUUGCAAGAACAUCUUGGUCAGAAAGACGCAGUUUCUCAGGAAUGGCCGUCGCGACCUGCAGCUGAAACGUGCGUUUGUAACAGGGAUGUCUCCGCUCCUAAGAGACGGGACACAACAGCGUCCGGGCUGGCCCGUGCGGGGCACCUGGAGGAGGUAUGGAGCUUCUGGAGGAGAGAGGACCCCAGCUGGCUACGUCGGAGAGGGCCCGGGUUCUGAUCCAGUCUUCUGAUCGAGUCUGCUGAUCGGCACGAUUCCUCUACCCCGCCACUGAUCGCUGCGUUAUACACUGGCUUAGCGCUGCAACUCAUCGACCAUGUCAAACACCUCUCUGAAUUAUUCAUGGGAUGAUGGAUGCGGAGGAGCCACUGGAGAGGAGACACUCAAGGGCCUGCGCUCCGUCCCUGACCCUGGCCAUUCAGGAAAUUGUGUUUGCGGACGUGCCAGGCAAGCGUAUGAUCACCGCUGGCUGGAUUAGCUUAAGCCGCUACAGAAGCAGCCAGCUCCGUACAUGUAUGAGUCUGUAAAAAUGUCAUUAACCCCUUUGGUAAUUUCAGGUAUACAACAUUUCAUUACUUGCAUUCCAAGCCAUGCAUGCUUUUUCAUUUUAAUCAUUUUACUCAUCUUGUUUUAAAUUGUGAAUAUGACUUGAAUCAGCCAGUGUUGCAAUGGAGGGAAGAUGCCAGUCUUAAUAUAUUCUAAUUCUAAGCUAUGGUAUACAUGUACAGUAUGUUUGACAUUUUUGAAUAACACAAUGCUGAAAGUGUUGUUGCCAACUGAAAUAAUUUAAACAGCCGUUAUCAGGCAUAAUAUGAAUCUAGAAUGUGUGACCUGAACACAGUAGCUCUUAAAUGAACAUGUUUUCUCUAUAAUAUGGUGUUAAACAUCUAAGGAUUCAGAAAAACAAAAAUGUCUCCAAUGUGUUACUCAAUUUGCAGAAAAAAUUUGAAAGUGUAAAAAUAGCUCUUAUCAUGAUGUCAUUUUUUGUAUAUAUUUAUAACCAGAAUGUUUAAUCUAUUGAAAGUGACCAAGAUACAGUAUGUAGUAAGUGUUUGCAGGAGAGCAAUAUUAUUAUUUAUGAAGGCAUUAAGAAGGAUUUUAUUGCGUUUUGAAAAGAUACAUAUUUUUCUAAUGUGCAUAUGAAUGAUGUGAUUGAUAGGGCUGAUAACAGAGACAGGCCAGUGAGAAGGCUAUGAUCAUGGUGAAAGGUAUUGAGUGUAUACGGCUGAAAAGGACACAUUCUCUUGACAGAUGACAUAUAGCACUGCACUCUGUCACUGCUGUAUGAUUUCAAGCCUCGGCAGGGCCAAUUCAAAAGGCAGCUGGGUUUUCAUGUGGGAGAGCCACUUUGGAAACAUAUCUGGUCGGACGUGCCAUCUGUGUCAGGAAGUUUCCCCAACUAAGCCAUUUCCCAAGGGAUUAAUUUUUCUUUCAUUUCAAGAGCUAGAUAAGAUGCACGUGUAAAAUUGGUGAGCUGUGACCAUUUUGUAGAAAUCGGCCUGGGACACCCUUAAUAUUAAGCACAUUUUCAUCUAAGAUAUUAUGGUGAAAUUAUUUUCGGUUUGGACAGUGGAACAGUCAGGUGAGUGAGCCACAGCCAGUAAAAACCAGGAACAGCAGUCAUUAAAACCUGAUUGCAGAUAAUGGUUCAUAUAAUAUGACCUGUGCCAGUGUGGUUUGGGUUACACAGCACAGAAAUCUAACUUUCUAACGCAGCAUGAUAAAAUAUGCAUGUGUGCACCCACAAUGAAGAGAAUAAAUGUCCAUUCCUUUGAAUUAAUUUGAAUGGAAAAGUGA